UGGACAUCUAAGUCGGCGCUUCCUUUUUAUACAGCAGACGCAGAGGGCAGCUUCUCGCCUGUUUAAUAUUCUGUUACCGCGGCUGUCAAGGAUAGAGUGUUUUGAGGUGUUGAGAUAGCAGAAAUUAACUUUGCCUCAUGGGUCUUGACUUGUGAUUGACUUGAUUGAUUAAACUAACUUUGAUGCUGCCCUGACAAUAAUUGAAUUCGACGGCAUGCCCAUAAGAAUGAAGUAUGAUGAGUAUACUCAAGGGGCUCUCGGAAAAUUCCUCAGGAGGCUGGUAGUUGUGCCAGGCAAUUCUAAAUUCUAAAUAAGAAGCGCAUCUCCAUACUUAAAUGUAAUGUACGGAGAUACAUUCCGAUUUUAAUAUGUUCAGAAGAUAUAUAUUUUUAAAUUUUAAAAGCCGUUACGAAUAGAAUACACUAAUGUCUGUGGUUAAACUAAGCUGUGAGCCAUUGUAAAUUGCAUCAGGUUGACAGUGCAACAGUUGUUCAAACAUCGAUCUGAACCAAAUCAUAAUGCUAAAUUCAAAGGGGGGUUUUUUUUGAACGGAUAUGCCUUUGAUUCCAACUGAUAUUAAUACGAUACCCAUCAGCAAGGCCCAAACAAACCCCUUAUGUUUGUGAUGUGAAUUUGGAAUUCAUGUUUAUUACAUAGGCAUUGCAAUUCGACAUGUAGACUCUUGUGGCGCAUACACACCCGCAAGCAAAACUUUAAAGGUAUACACAUUUGAAAGGGUAUACUAGAUUCGUUGAAAAGUAUGUAAAAGGCCGAAGGCCGUUUCCGACCAUAUAAAGUAUAUAUAUUCUUGAUCUGGAUCAAUAGCCGAGUCGAUCUGAUCCUGUCCGUCCGAUUGCUCCCAAACUUUCGUCAUGAAUUUUGAGUAGAAGCCCAACGAUUAUAGUUCUUUUCUCAUUACUUAUUCGAUAGGCAUUGGCUGACUGAACCCAUUAAUCGAUAGCUUUUACCACAUUUCGUCGACUUGUUACUUCGAGCUCGUCAAAGUCUUCGCCAGUUAUCACUUGGGAGCGGUAUCGUUCGUUCAAAAAAUAAAACAGUGUGAUGAAAAGACGAAGCCGACGAUUAGAUUUCAAUAAGAAUCACAUCGGGCUCUUAAAUAUGGUCGGAAUACUUACCUUAUUUGUGUUUAUUUUGCUUAUCCACAAUAACUUUGCGAAAACCAUUCUUGUCGAAGAGCUUACAAAGUGGACAUUGAGAAAUAAAACCUCCUGUAAGUGCCGGGUAAUUUAUUAUUAUACCCGUUACCCGUUGCCCAUGAACGCUCAUAACGCUAAAGUCUGUCUGACGCCCACAUUCUGAACAUAUUCGUAAAUGAUAUUUAGUUAAGCUUAUCAAUGCUUAUCUACGUUCCAAAAACUGUUAGAAUAGGAUUUAGUAGAAACCUAUUAAAAAUAAGUAAAAGUUAAAAGAAGAGAGUCGUCUCUGCCGCUUGCAUAUCUUCGCCCUUCCGCUAUUUGAGUAAGAGGUAUCCAAUAGUCGCAACACUAGGCUAUUGCGUUCUCUCUUUUUAUGCUUCAUCCAAUUUACUAUGGAAAUACAUACAGAAAAUGUGUAUGUCUGCCGAGAUAAGAUAAAAACAGCUUCGCUACCUUGACGGGCUGAUAGCGAUUGUAUGCCAUCUAGUUAAUAGGCUAUAAAUACAGGCUACUAAAGUGAUUGAAGCAGUGAUUUACCAGUAAAUGAAAAUGUUUGUGUUCCACCAUUACCAUCAGCCCUAAGGAUUGACGUGCCACGCCUUCCAAGUGGAGUGUACACAGCGCUUAAGGAUACCUAUGGAGACAUCUUAGACCCAGGAAACGACGUAUCCUUGCGAUGGAUAGCCAACCAAUCGUGGAUUUACAGCACCAGCUUUAACAGUGGCCGCUGAAUUGGGACUCGACAGCCACAUAAAUCUUACGCUCCACGGAAUCGAUACAGUUUCCAAGGUGCACCUGAAUGGAGCGCUUCUUGGUCAGACGGACAACAUGUUCGUUCGCUAUUCUUUUGCCAUAGGUCACUUGCUUUUGCCCAGCCCUUCCCAAAACAUCUUGGAGAUUGAGAUCCUUUCACCCCUGCAGGAGGCAAGUAGGCGUGCUCGAGAACUUGAAGACUUAGGCGUCGUUACCGGGCCGAUUAGCUGCCCAAGGGCUCGCGGCGAUGUCGAGUGCCAUCGGAAUCACUUACGCAAGAUGCAAAUGAGUUUCGGUGGCGAAUGGAACCCAGCCGCACUUUCCCUAGGCAUAUGGAAGCCAGUGGUAGUCGAAUACUAUGCAGUAGCCGUAUUUCGCGAUGUUGAUGUUGCCAUUAAACGGAACGAUUCUCACUGGACGAUGGAUUGCCGCGCCUUCCUCAGUACACACGCUUCAGAGAAUUUUUAUGCCCAACUGGUGGUUAAUGCCAACGAGCUUUUAGAUGACCGAUAUGUUCUUAAUCAGCAAUUGGUCUCUAAUGAUUCGCCAGUGAUAGAAUUUAAAAUACACAUACCCAAAGAUCGGGUUAUCUUGUGGUGGCCCAAUGGCUACGGCAAGCAAAAACUUUAUCCAGUCCUUUUUUCCGUGAAAUGCUAUACCAGCGAAGAUCGUCACACACUAAGCUCACGCACAGAGUCCCAAAAGCUAUUAAAGAUUGGAUUCCGCACCAUAGAGUUGGUUGAAGAUACAGACCACAUUGGCAGAACCUUUUUUUUCCGGGUCAAUGGCCACCCCAUUUUCAUGAAAGGAGCGAAUUAUGUACCAGCCCACACACUUCCUGAGUUAUCGGCUGAUGCCGACGCGGUCGCACAUCUGCUUAAGGCCGCAAACGAGGCCAAUAUGAACAUGAUACGCGUUUGGGGAGGCGGCCUUUAUGAGUCGGAUACCUUCUACAACUUAGCGGACUUUUACGGACUAUUGGUGUGGCAGGACAUGACGUUUUCCCAAGCAGCAUACCCGCUCGCAAACGACUUUGUAGCUUCUGUGUGCGUGGAGACAGUACAGAAUGCACAGCGUCUUUCUUAUCAUCCAAGUUUAGCCCUAAUAGUCACCAACAAUGAGAUUGAGCUAUUCCUGUCGACCAACAAAUCUGAUUUUGGGGAAAACGCCACUAGAAUGGAGAGCGAUUACAAGACCUUGUUUAUUGAAACAAUAAUUAAAGAGUUAAAAGUUAUCUCUCGAAAAGAUUUUAGCCCUCGACCUGAGCCCAUGGUCUCGACGCCUUCACUAGGGGUUCAGGAGUCUGGCAAAAACCUCUCCAACAACCCGCAAAGCUUUAACUAUGGUGAUGUGCACUUUUGGGACGACAAAGAUGGAUUCAGCCCUGAAACGUAUCCUCACGCUCGCUUUGUUUCGGAAUUCGGUUACUCUAGCCUUCCAAUGAAAUCAACGUGGCAAAGGGCACUAGCUGAUUCUGCAGAUGAUAGCGACCUUGAAAUUGCAAGACUUAUUCGAAGCCGUCAGCACGAUCCCAAGGGAUUCAUUCCGAUACUCCAAUUAAUAGCCUAUCAGCUUCCGUUUGUUCCCCAAAAUUGGGACGAAGAUAUCGAUAAGUUUAUAUAUUUUAGCCAAGUGGCACAGGCCAUGGCAACUAAAACCGCGUUGGAAGUAUUUCGUAGUCUACGCACAGGAAACCAUACAAUGGGAGCUCUUAUGUGGCAGUUAAACGAUGUUUGGGUGGCUCCAACUUGGUCCUGCAUCGACUUCUACGGAAACCCUAAGCUAUUAUACUACUGGACCAAGGAACUUCUUGCCCCAACUAGUGUUAUAGCCCUGUACGACAAUAACUCAAACAACCUCAAUAUCACGCUUACAAGGGAGGACUUCUCCGAGCAUAGAGACUCGCAGUUAUACUAUGUACUGGUGAACACCUAUCUAUGGACGGACUUGAUUCCAAAGAAGACUAUAGCUCGCGCCUUUGGACUGGGCUCUAAUAACCUUGAGAUGCGGCAAAUACCUUUGGAGUACUUGCUGUACGAAAACCAUUUGAAGGAAGAACUGUUUUUGGAAAUCAUUCUGGAGGACGAAUACGGCAACUCCGUGGCUAGAAACUUUUUUUACCCCGUACCCCUUAACAAAAUUAUUGGCAUUAAGGAUCCAGAACUAACACUAGAGGUUGAAGGUCAGGACUGCAAAGCGGCAACAUCCCCUUAUGCAAAUAGUUUUAGUUUGCGCAUCACUGUGAGAUAUCCGGCUCUACUUGUAUACCUUGAGCUAGUGCAUCCUUAUUAUGUCAAGGAGCGGCACAGGUUCUCGACAAAUGGCUUUACUCAAACCCAGCCAAAAAAGACGAUACACCUAGUGUUCGAAAGCGACACGGUCUGCAUGACUUUAACUACCGACCACAUUAAAGUUCAAACGAUUAAUCAGUAUUUAAUAUAAACUAUGUUCUACUAAGUCGAAAAUGCUGCAUAAUAUUUAAAAUAUACCCAAAGCAGAACAUACUUCCGAAAUUGAUUUUUUUCAGGGACCGCUGUCAUUACAUGAACAUGAAUUAAUUAAAAAAAAAUAUAUUUCUUAAAUCAUGAUUAUAAGGCUUAUCAUAAUAAGGUGUCCAUCAAUGAACUACUCUCCAAUAUUAUCUUAU